AGGCGCAGCCCAGGCCAGAGUGCUGCUGAAGGGAAGUUGGCGCUCCAGCCGCAGGCAGGGAGAAGAGCCCCGUCGCCGCGAGGCGCGCCCAGGGCCAUGGAGAGACGCGCUGCCCAGCGUCGCGCGCCAAGGCCGCUGCUGCUCAUGCUCUUUGCGGUCCUCGCCUGCGCCCCACCGCUGGCGCGCGCGCUGCCCUCCAAGGUGUCGCGCGGCGUCGCCGUCCCCUUUGUCUUCGACCCGCACGCCGUCUGCAGCCCGCCUUGCCAGCACGGGGGCCUGUGCAUCAGGAACGCCACCUGCUUCUGCGCCAGGGGCUACGAAGGCGAGCUCUGCCAGCACGCAACUUGUUAUCCCAAGUGUAAAAAUGGAGGGAAGUGUCUCAGACCUGGAAAAUGCAGGUGCCAGCCCGGCUACGGAGGAAGAUACUGUCAUAAAGUAAGCUGUGAAGGAGGAUGUCAAAAUGGUGGGGAAUGCAUCUCUGCCAAUGGGAUGGUGAAGUGCAUUUGUGCUUCGGGAUGGACAGAUUCAAGAUGCCAAGAAGCAAUUUGCCCUCAAGGAUGUCGUAAUGGAGGCGCUUGUGUGGCUCCGGGAAUCUGCAGCUGUGCAGCCGGCUGGGUUGGUGGGGCGUGUCAUUUAGCACUGUGUAGACUGCCUUGUCACCAUGGAGGUAAAUGUAUUGCUCCAGAUGUGUGCAGAUGUCGUUCACCAUACUCUGGUCUACAGUGUACCAAGAGAAUAAAGGAAUGAAACAGCCUUCUUGGAAGAUGAAUGCCAUUAUUUUAAUGAAUGAACAUUGGUUAAAGGAGAAUUUUUGCUUGAUUGUAAUUGAUUCUUGAUUUUAAAAAAUCUGAUUAUAUAUCAAAGGGAAGCUUUCCUAUAUAAAAAUACUAAAGACAAUAUCAAGCUAGCUGGAUGUGUUUCAAAAUAUACGUGUGAAAGAGAAUCUGGUUGUAUGGUUUUCUAUUGUCUCAUGUUAGCACAUUUAUAAUUGACUAUCUUAUUUUAAUAAAGCAUUUC